UGUGGCGCCCACAAACGGCUAAAAAGAUAGUGGCACCCUUCAUUUGUCGUCUGUGGUGGCGCCUAAAAAUAAAACUAAGAAGAAUUUUCCUCGUGUUUUCCAGGUUUUCUCAUUGGUAGUUACUAGUUGGUACUGAGAGUUGAGUUUAUUCUCUAACAGUUUUCAAAAACUUACUGCAUGUAUUUUACAAACUAGCAUUUUAGGCUAGGAAGAAAGAGUGGGACUAAUUUAAUAACAAGAAAAGAAUAUAAUAUAAAGAGAGAUGUUUAAAUCUUGUCUAUGCAAGCCAUCAAGGCUUAUGGGAAAGUCAAUGCAAUUUAAAUAUUUUUCAAUAUGUAACUUUCCCGAUAUUGAUACCAACUAUUAUUGUGAUGUGAAAAAUAUGACAGAAAUACGACAAAACAUUCAAAGCAGAAAAGGUAUUGGAAACAUUGAAAAAAUGCAUGAAAUAUAUAACUUGUUAAAAUCAACUCCAAUUGCUAAUGAGACAUACAAGAAUUUAAAAGAAAAUUUAUACAAAGAACUUGCGUGUUUGCCUAAUAGAACUCAUCCCAUUGUUAAGACUUAUGAAGAACAACCACAUCUAAUUCAUGAGAUUAACAAAAAGAAAGAUUUCGGUAAUUAUAAACCAUUGGAGUUCAGUGAGAUCACAAAUCUACUAAACUUGAUGAGAACUGAUAAACUGGGGCACACUUGUGGUAAUAAAAGCUAUUAUUAUAUUGGAGAGUUGGCAGAAUUGGAGGAGGCAUUAAUAAAAUACACAGUCUCAGAGUUGUUGAAAGAAAACUUCAAACUUGUAUCGGUCCCUGAUAUAUUGUCCAGCAAUGUUUUACAAAGUUGUGGAAUGAUGAUCAAUACUGACCGCACUCAGAUAUAUUCCCUAGAUCCAGUACAUCAUGGUCCUGACUUAUAUUUGUCGGGCACAGCAGAAAUGUCUUUGGCUGGCCUUCUAAGAGAUUCUCUUCAUGACACAAACAAUUUGCCCUUGAAACUUGCUGCAGUCAGUAGAUGCUAUCGUGCUGAGACAUCUAAUGUAGUGGAAGAACGAGGCACAUACAGAGUUCAUCAAUUUACUAAGGUUGAAAUGUUUACUGUAACAACUCGAGAACAAUCUGAUGACAUGUUGGAGUAUCUAAGAGGCAUGCAAGAACAUUUGUUUUCACCAUUAGGUUUACAUAUGAGAGUUUUAGACAUGCCACCACAUGAACUUGGAGCACCAGCAUACAGAAAAUAUGACAUUGAAGCUUGGAUGCCUGGACGUAGCAAUUAUGGUGAAAUCUCUAGCUGCAGCAACUGUACAGAUUACCAAUCGAGAAGGCUUAAUAUAAAAUAUUAUGAUUGUAACUCAGAAAAAUAUGUUCACACACUUAAUGGCACUGCAUGUGCCAUACCCAGAAUGCUUAUUGCUUUAUUGGAAACCCAUCAAGAACCAAAAGGAAAAAUUAAUAUACCAAUAGCAUUGCAGCCAUAUUUCAGUGGAAAGCAGUUUAUAUCUAAAAACUCAAAUGUACCUAAAUUAAAACUGUUGAAAAUAAAAUAAAUUGAAGAAAUUUUUUCAUGGAGAA